GCGCUGAAAGUCAUGAGAAAGAAGCUGCAGAAAAGUGGAUGAUUUUGGAAAAAAAAUAUAUAUAUAUAAAUAAAUAAAUGUUUGCAGGAUUUUGUUUCAAGUUCAGAGAUGCAAAGCGUUCUUUAUUUUGGGUUACUUACUGGAUUCAUCUGGUCAAUUUGGACCAUUUCUAACACUUCAGCAGUCUUUUGCAACUGCAAAAAUAUAACCUUGUGUGAAGAACGGUGUAACGUCUUUGAAGGAGUCCAGAAUUUGAGCUGCUUUGGACAAAGGAUUACAGAUGCAAUUAUACAUUACUACUGUGUCUGGAAUCCUGGACAAUACGAUAAAUAUUUUCUCUACAUUAAGCAAAGGAGAUGUUUUCUAAAGCUAACAACAAACAACAUACUAAGCAUUAAGGAAUCCCCAAUUUCUCUAACAAAUGACAAAAACCUGACAGCAUUCGCUAUCGCGAUGAGCGACGAUCAAAAAAGAUGCGCCUUCGCAAAAUUCAGCGGACAUCCAUUACUUAUAAUACAGUGUGGUCCACCCAUCAAUGUGUCUUUCAAGAGAAGUUACGGUUAUUUAAAUGUUACGGCUGAAUGGGAUGACAGCAGUGUGAAACAGUAUCAUCUGAAGUACAGGGAACACAACACCACUGUGUGGAAAGAGGUGAAGUCCCAGACCAGCAGAGACUGCACUGUGGGAGAUGUUGUCUCGUCUCAAUCGUAUGAAAUGCAAAUAUGGUGCGUUGAGACUCCAGAGUGUCCUCAGUGUCCUUUGAGUGAAGUCAUCAGAGUCCCACAAGAAUUAUCAGACGCACCUGUAAUAAUUGAAACUGGUUACCGUCUGGUUCAAACCGGACAGAGAAAGAUAACUGUGAAGUGGGAGUAUGUCCACAGUCAUGCAGUGGAAUUCUAUAAUGUGACGGUUCAGAAGGCAUCUGGGGAACCUGCUGUAGAGAGCAGCUAUUUCCUCAAGGUGCAAAGCGUCACUUUGUUUUUGUCUUAUUCUGCCUACAAACUAAGCAUCAGCGCUUUAAACAAAGCCGGACAAUCGCCUGCUGCGUUCUUGGACGUAGACGCCUUGGUGGAUCGGAACGACGAAGCUUUUAACGUCACUUUGAACAGUAAUAACAGCUUCAGUCUUUCGUGGAACAGCACGCUGUCAAGGAAAUAUCAUUGCUAUUCUGUUGAGUGGUGGGCAACAGAUGAGAAAUUAUCUUACAAACCCAUCUACAAGAAGAAAAACUACCAUACUAUCCAAACUCAGAACGUUGCAUUUCGGCCCUAUAAGAGAUACCACUUUUUCCUGCAUGCCAGGCAUGAAAAAGACACCUGCAACCUGAAGAAAGUCAAUAACAGUGAUGAAACUGUUGGAAGAGCCCAGGUGUACCUCACUGAAGGAACUCCACUAACUGCUCCUGGGAAUGUUAGCAGCUCUAAAGUUACCCAGAAUUCCUUUGUGAUCACAUGGAGCCCGGUAUGUGAGGAGGACUUGCGUGGCUUUCUGCAAGGUUACAUCAUCCGCCACACACAAGACAACAGCACCAAAGAUGUGUUGCCAGAUAUCAGAGUGCAUCCUAGCGUGAACAGCUACGAGUUGCUGAAUCUCAGAAGUGGAAGCAUGUACUGCAUGGAGCUGUCUGCAGUCACGGCUGCAGGGGAGGGAAAGAGGAGUGAAUCGAAGUGCUUUGAGACGUUGGACUCGGUGGCUGUUGUUGGAAUGUUGGUAGGAGUCAUUGCAGGUGUAUUUGCUCUGCUACUUGCCACUCAUCUCUGCUUUCGGCUUUUAAAAAGAUCCAAGAAUAUGCUAUGGCCGAGUAUACCCAACCCCUGCAACAGUAACGCUGUACAGAAAAUUGAAGGUGGUCAGGACCUGGAGGUGAUGGAGCUUCUGAGCAGGCCUUAUCUUGAAGAGACGGAGGAACAUGUGUUUGUAUUGGAGGCCAAAAUGGAGACACAAUUUGCCUCUCAGGACCGGACCAAGGCCAACCUUAUACCUAAUACAUCAUCUCCACCUGAGAACAAACCUUCAUCUCCUACAACUUCAACCACAAUAGACUCCACACCUAAGGAAGCUUUUCUUAUAGACAGUAAUCAUAAAGACUCUAUACAAGAUCUGCCUGUCGGAGCUAACAAUAUACAAGAACCGAAUAAGGUAUUAGGCACGGUGUCUGUCUCCACAGCUGUAGCGAAGCCAACGAGUGCUUUUAUGAGUGACUACACCACUAUGGAUCUUUUCCACCAAAUCACCAACGCCAUGCCUCCGACUCUUUCCAGCUCAGGAGCACCUGUUUCAGAUCCAAGUCAGGAGUAUCUCAGACAAUCGCUCUCUUUAUCCGAGAACAUGGAAGCGGAUCCUGAUCAAACCUAUCUUGCAGAAAGCACCGUCGAUACGUUUCUUUAACUGUAUAUAAAUACGUUCAGUAUACAAACCUAUAUAACCACAGAGUUCAAAGAACCUCCAGCCACCUAGAUCUUUUUCA